GAUUUCCGCGCGGGGUGGAGUGGGGGAAGGGUCUGGUUUGGAAGCACUUCCCAAUUUGCAAAACGGAACUAUAGAAAGGAACCAGCCCGGGGUGGUUUCUCCAGCCGGGAAUCCGUCAGCACCGUGGACUGGAGCUCAAUUCGUCGGAUGAACUAUUCAUUAGUGGAAAAGUUGCGCAGUAAAAUGCUGUUCGUUCUGUAUGAAAUUGAUGUUAGCAACUGCAAUUUACCCUACAAUUCCUGGUCAUUUGGGGUGCAACGGAUUAACAUAUGCUCAAGCACGCAUCUGCUUUGCACACACACACACACACAGAAAAAGUGCAGGAGCGCGCAACGCUCACACGUGUUUGCGUAUUCCCAUCCUGUAGGCUGCAAUCCGUCUAGGAAAGCCGGUUGAACUCAAUGGAACCGCUUGAGAUCGUUUUUUAGAGGAGCGGCAGCGCCGGAUCCAGACUCUCCUCCGCCUCCCAGUUGGAAAAAAAAUCCGAUGCGAAUUCCAGCUAAGCAGAGGGGAACUGCUGCAGUUCUGUUUUCCACCCGCGAAACUGCAGAGGAAACGGCGGCUCUUUCUGCAUCUUCCGUUCGCCCCCCAGCUCUUCUCCCCCACCGCUUCUGCCGUCUCCAGGCAUUGCCAAGAGCGGAGGCGGCGCUGUGGGUUGCCCAGACGAGCCACGAUUUGAGCAACUGCUGCUUCCUGUUUGCAAACUCGGGAGGAAGAGUCCGUUUGCCAGCUCGCUGCCACUUGAAAACCCGAUCCUGUUUCCCGCUCGGCUUCGACCCAGGGCCCGAUGCAGCAAGAGCUGACCUGAGUCAAGUCCCAGUGUAAGUGGAGGAACGGAACAUCCCUUCUCAAGCCUCUUUUCUGGCCCGUUACUUGCAAAGGAAGAGAUUUGCAGAUGCUUCCCACCUGAAGCUUAAUCCUGAUAUGGCUGGUUUGUUCAAGUGGCUCCUGCAGAAGUCCAGGCAAAGUUCAGACUUCUCAAGAAGCUCUGCGGACAGUGCUUCUCCACCUUCGCCUUCUCCUCAUCUGGUGCAGAGCUCGAACUCUCUAGCCAACAGUUCAGUGAAUAGCCCGAAACAGACAUCCUCCACCUUCUGCAUGAACAUCAGCAGCUCGGACAGCGCACGUUGGAACAAACUGUACGAUGUGUGCAUCUGCCACAGCGAGGGGGACCUUGAAUUUGUGGAGCAGAUGGUCUGCUACUUGGAGAGCCAACCUGAGCACUUCCGUUGCUUUCUUCAGUUGCGGGAUGCGGUCCCGGGGGGAGCCAUUGUUUCAGAACUGUGUGAAGCUGUCCAGAACAGCCAUUGCUGGGUGCUGCUCAUCACCUCUGGGUUCCUCAAGGAUCCUUGGUGCGUGUACCAAAUGCACCAGGCCUUGAUGGAGGCACCGAUGGCCAAUGGGCGCAUCAUCCCUGUGCUGAAGGACAUUGACCGCAGAGACUAUCCGAGGGAGCUCAAAUGCAUCUAUUACAUCAAUGUCUCGGUCCAGGAGAAAGUUUUUGGGCAGGUCAAAGAGACAGUGAUGCACUAUCUACAGGACCUGUGUCAAAAUGCAAGCAGAAGCCACUAACUGGAACACGGACUAAACAUUGAUACUUUGGACUAUUGGGCGGAAGCAUUUUUGAUACAAGCUAGACUAAAGGAUGCCUUUGCUCACAUGGGAUACGAGAAGCAUGUUGUUCCUUCCCACUGGCCCAUCUCACCACUGAACGGUGGAUCUCAUUUCUUUGGCAUCCCGCUCUCUGGAAGAAGCACAGCCUGCUCUGUCUGAGAAUAUUCACUGAUGUACAAGGCAAUGGAAACAUGUUCUUUUAGACUAUAUAUUUAAGGCUCCUGAGGGCCCAACAAAGUUCUGUGUUUGAUGGUAAAAGUAUUAGACGUACACCAGACUGUGCUGUAUGUGAAGUGCGUGUGUUUUGAACUUGAUGUGUGAGUUCUGAGAAGACAGUUCCCAAUACCAGAGGCCAAACCAACAUUAAUCCUCAUGACUUUUUUUGGAAAACCUGUUACAUUACAAUAAAACAAAUGGUGUCAGAA